AUGGACAUCACAUCCAAGAUGGACCUAAGUGUGGAGCAGGCGCAGUUCGUGGCGCCCGCGUGCUUCUUCGCCACCGCCGCCUCUCAGACCCUGAGCCCGAGCGAAAGCACCGGCAAGUCUGCAUCCAAGCAGGCCAAGAGGCAGCGCUCGUCCUCUCCAGAGCUGCUGCGCUGCAAGCGGCGCCUGAGCUUCGCGGGUUUCGGCUACAGUCUGCCGCAGCAGCAGCCGCACGCCGUGGCGCGGCGCAACGAGCGCGAGCGCAACCGGGUCAAGCUGGUCAACAACGGCUUCGCGACGCUGCGCGAGCACGUGCCCAACGGCGCGGCCAACAAGAAGAUGAGCAAGGUGGAGACGCUGCGCUCUGCGGUCGAGUACAUCCGCGCCCUGCAGCAGCUGCUGGACGAGCACGACGCCGUGAGCGCAGCCUUCCAGUCGGGCGUCCUGUCUCCCAGCGUCGCGCACAGCUACUCCAACGACAUGAACUCCAUGGCCGGCUCGCCUGUCUCUUCAUAUUCCUCGGACGAAGGAUCCUACGACCCACUCAGUCCCGAGGAACAGGAGCUCCUAGAUUUCACCAGCUGGUUCUGAACAUCAGGAAGAUCCUGAAGAUUGUCAGCACUCACUUUGGAGGUCCAAGUACAUCCAUCCUCCGAGAAAACAACAAGGCACUGCUGCGUUUGCGCUCCCGUCCGGUUGGAUAGACCCGAGUUCACAAAAUAAAGAGAGACUGGCCCAAGAUGAGAGGCCAAAGCGACACGCAUCGGCCCCAAGUGUCCCGAGCCAAAGGACUUGUAGAGCAGACAAGUGCAAAACUAAAAGAAAAAAACAAUAAAAGAAAGAAAAAUAAAUAAAGUAAACGCGCAGGGGUUCGCUUCAUGCGCCAAAGCGCACUGAUCCAACACAUCCAUUUCAGAUGUACUAUUUUUCUGCAUAAGUGAUUCUAUUUGUUUUUAAACUAUGCUAAACCCAAUCACAGAGCUGUCCUGUCCUGCACAACAAAAUCCCCCGUGUUGAUUUAACACCUUCAGCUCGACACAGAUCAGCACUGGAGCGGGUCACUGAGCCCUGCAGGUGUUCACUCAACACCGUUCACCUGAACUCGGGGAUUUUGCUGUAACUCUAUGCUUCCAACCC